AUGAGCAAACUGGGGCCGGAUGAAAAGCGACUAAAGGAAUAUGACAGUUUUGGACAAAAGUUACAGCUGGUGGCAAGCAGCUGGACAGCACCGGUGCAGCAGAAGGAAUCCCGGGAGAGCAUGAGCUCCAAGCCGAAGCCCAUAGGAAUUAUCGGAGCGCCUUUCUCCAAGGGGCAGCCUCGAGGAGGGGUUGAAAAAGGCCCCGCGGCAUUGAGGAACGCUGGUCUGGUGGAGAAGCUUAAAGAGACAGAGUAUGAUGUGAAAGACUAUGGGGACCUGGCCUUUGGUGAUGUCCCUAACGACAGCCCCUUUCAAAUUGUGAAGAACCCAAGAUCUGUGGGAAAAGCCAACGAGCAGCUGGCUGGUGUGGUGGCAGAGGCCCAGAAGAAUGGAAGAGUCAGUGUGGUGUUGGGUGGAGACCACAGUAUGGCAGUUGGAAGCAUCUCUGGCCAUGCCAGGGUCCACCCUGACCUAUGUGUCAUUUGGGUGGAUGCUCACACCGAUAUCAACACUCCGCUGACAACCAACUCUGGGAAUUUGCAUGGACAACCUGUGUCCUUCCUCCUGAAGGAACUAAAGGGAAAGUUCCCUGACGUACCAGGAUUCUCCUGGGUGACUCCCUGUAUAUCUGCCAAGGAUAUCGUGUACAUCGGCUUGCGAGAUGUAGACCCCGGGGAACACUAUAUUAUAAAAACUCUGGGAAUUAAGUAUUUCUCAAUGACUGAAGUGGAUAAACUGGGAAUUGGCAAGGUGAUGGAAGAGACAUUCAGCUAUCUUCUAGGAAGAAAGAAAAGGCCCAUUCACCUGAGUUUUGAUGUUGAUGGACUGGACCCAGCGUUCACACCGUCGACUGGCACACCUGUCGUGGGAGGCCUAUCCUAUAGAGAAGGUAUCUACAUCACAGAAGAAAUUUACAAGACAGGACUCCUCUCAGGACUAGAUAUCAUGGAAGUCAACCCAGCUCUGGGGAAGACACCAGAAGACGUGACUCGUACAGUGAACACGGCAGUAGCAUUGACCUUGUCUUGCUUUGGGACUGCUCGGGAGGGUAAUCAUAAACCAGGGAUUGACUACCUUAACCCACCUAAGUAAAUGUGGGCGCAUCACAUGAAAAUCAGCUGAUCCAUGAUAGCAACUAGAAUAGACCUAAGCAACAGUUCUCCUAAGAGUUCAUUCUUUCAGGGUUUUUUCUCCCAGCAAGUAUUCCACCACUUCCUUUAUGGGAUGAAACUCAGGGUGUGGAAGUUCGAACAACAAUGAAAUUAGGACAUAUGUAUUCCUAAUUUUAGCAUAAGUUAUCUUUAAAAAGCAGUAUAAAUUGAUUUCCAAUUAAAAAUGCUCCAUCAUUUAAAAUGCACAUCCCUGUAAGUGCCAACUCACUAGGGUGGGCCUUAUGACAGUUAGAGACAAAGGUGUCCAAAGGGAGGGAGCCAUGUCCAUGUUGUUCAAAAGAUGUGAUUUUUUUUGUAAUAAACUCAUUAUAAAAUUCUGUUGUCUGCAUCUUUUCAUAUACAUGCACCAUAUACUUAUGUGUGUACCAUACCACAUAUGUACUUAACACACACACCACACACACACCCUUCUUAAAAUCACUGUAAAGAUUCCUACAAGGCAUAGAAACAGUCAUCCCUAAAACAAUGUAAAAUUUUGAAGCCAUUAAAAGUUGGUUUGUCUUACCUGUAAAAUGGAUAAUCACAGGCUUAGACAAUCUCUAAGUUCACUGAUAGUAGAUGACCAUUUCUUUUUCUAAGCAAACAUAACAUUGAUAUUUUAAGCAUGACUGUUGUGCAGGUAUCCAUAAAGAAGGGAUUCACAAAUAUCUAUGCAGGAACCAGUGGUUCCUGCAUACUAAUACAUCUUAGGAGUCCACCUAACGUCCCCUAGGCUUUGGGAAGCCCAGCCUCCCAUCACUGCCGCGGCAGCAAGUUGAUUAGCUAAAACUGUUAAGCAUUCUAAAAACUCACCGCGGCGCUGAAAUAAGCUGAGGGAAGAGGAAAGACGAAUGAAAAUAGAGUGUAACUGUCAGAACAAGUGCUGCCGUGUGCGCGUGCCCUCACCUAAACUUAGGUGGCAAGCGCAGGGAAGGCUGUGAUGAAGUGGGCUCCACAAGGGGAUUUUCUUGUUUUAGCAGCUGCACGUAAGGCUUGACCAUCUCAUUUUUCAUAUGGACUCCUAGAGUUUAAGCCUAAUUACUGCCUCUAUAGCCUCUGAAGUAAAUUUUAUUGAAUUAAUUUUAGAUAAUUAUGAUGUACCUUUAAAGUACCGUGUACGAUAGAGUAACCACAUGUAGCCAUUUACAUUAAAGUUGAAGAAAAAUGCACAAUUCGGCUCCCGGUGU